AAUUAUGAAAUAAGCAACAACGGUCUACCUGUUUUAUAUGAAUAUUUCAUUUUCCACCGGCGAGCUUGUUCAUUUCAUUCUCCCAUGGAUUUCCAAUGUCAAAUUGUCGAUGACUCCAAUCAGCCUGCAUUGAUCUAAAUCCCAAACUUUGAAAUCACGUGUUUCUUUUCUCCUUCACGAAACCAUUGUUCCCUUCGAAACAGAUCGAAUAGGGUGCAUCGCCACCGAUUCACUGAGCUGCAUUUGAGUGACUCAUGGAACCAGCUUCAGCUGAUUCUUCAUCUCAACCUACUCCUCCAGCUUCUAAUACUGAAGAUCGGCACUCAACCAAAGCGUCUGGACAAACUGGCAAUGCACAUGAUUCACAAUUGUCAUCACCCACUUCUGGCAUAUCAUCCUGGGCAAGAAAUCUGAAAUUCCCACAGGCCCUUGGGCUUGGAGGAGCACAACAGAACUCCCAGGCCCAAAACGCUGGCAUGUCAGCUUUUGCUCGCCUGACUGGUGGGCUUGGAUUGCAAACGCUAUCAAAUGAAACUGCUCCAGUCAAGUCAGGAACCGAGCAAUCUAACUUACUUGAAUCCGUCACCAAAGGCUUGGUGGACUCUUCCAAGAGUGCAGUAAAGGCGGUGCAGGUCAAAGCUCGCCAUAUUGUCUCUCAAAAUAAACGUAGAUACCAGGAAGAUGGAUUUGAUUUGGACAUGACAUACAUCACUGAAAAUAUAAUUGCUAUGGGAUUUCCGGGUGGUGAUUUUAGCUCUGGAAUUUUUGGAUACAUUGAGGGGUUCUAUCGCAAUCACAUGGAUGAAGUGAUCAAGUUUUUUGAAACACAUCAUAAGGGAAAGUACAAAGUAUACAAUCUUUGUUCAGAAAGGUUAUAUGACGGAUCAUUAUUCCAGGGGAAGGUUGCAACUUUCCCAUUUAGUGAUCAUAAUUGCCCUCCUAUUCAACUUAUAGCAUCAUUUUGUCAAAGUGCAUAUUCAUGGUUGAAGGAGGAUAUUCAAAAUGUGGUGGUUGUUCAUUGUAAAGCUGGUAUGGGGAGGACUGGACUGAUGAUAUGUAGUCUUCUUUUAUUUCUUAAGUUCUUCCCAACUGCAGAGGAAGCUAUUGAUUACUUUAACCAUAAAAGAUGUGUAGAUGGAAAGGCUCUAAUCCUCCCUAGUCAGAUUAGAUAUGUAAAAUACUUUGAACGGACUUUAACACACUUCAAUGGAGAAGUCCAGCCAGGACGAAGGUGCAUGCUAAGAGGGUUUCGGCUUCACGAAUGCCCUUAUUGGGUUAGACCAUCUAUUACAAUUUCUGAUCAUAAGGGAAUUCUUUUUACCACAAGAAAGCAUCCCAAAACAAAGGAUCUAAUGCCAGAAGAUUUCUGGAUCAGUGCACCAAAGAAAGGAAUUGUGGUUUUUGCCCUACCAGGAGAGCCUGGUCUAACAGAGUUGGUAGGAGACUUCAAAAUUCAGUUUCAAGAUCGACAGGGAGAUUUCUACUGUUGGAUGAAUACAACAUUGACAGAAAACCGAAAAAUUUUGGAUGGUUCAGAUUUUGAUGGUUUCGACAAGAGAAAGAUCCCUGCUCCAGGAUUCAAGGUGGAAAUUGUGAUGAUAGGGUAUAAUGCCAUCCUACCUGCAAAUACAAAAUCGAAUCCUGCCAGCAAAGGAUCUGAUGGAAACACAAGCAAUGCCCUACCUGGUCUAAAGCAUACUACAUCUAAUUCAAGUGAGAGUGAAGUCCCUAGAAAUGGAGAUGAUGAUGUAUUCUCAGACAGUGACGAAGAGGAGACCCGGGAUACACAAAGCACGAAAGCUGCAACUGAGUACAAAUUUAUGGCACCUCAUCAAGUAUCUGAGACAACAACUGACCAUGUAGGGAUGUUGACACACAAAACGGAUCAGUUGUCACUACAACAAGAGGAACGCAAGCAAAACGUUGCUUCUGAAGAAUCAGAUACAGAUAAACUUCAUAAAAAUCAUACAGGCAAUAACAGUAUAAACAUGGGAUCUGUAGGGGCAAGUGACAUCAAGGCAAUCGCGGCAGAUGCUUCAGUUUUUUCCUUUGGAGAUGAAGAUUUUGAAAGUGACUGAGAGGAUGUGGGAUGACUUUUGAUUGAUUUCAAUACUUUUCAGGAAAGGCAUUAGGCAUUAGGGAAUUCAUUGGUUUUCCCCCAAUUUGUUGUCAAAAGAACUUUCUGUAUUUUAUUAUUUAAACUCUGUAUAUUUUAAGGGUUACAUGUUUACAUGAUUCUCUCAAGUAUUCUACGUGAUAUGCUUCACUGUCCUCAA